GGGACCCCCGGGACCGGCAGAGACAUCCCUGGAUCGCGGGGGUGACAGGAACAUAGAGGCACCCCCGGGGCCGGUAGAGAUCUCCCCCGAGCAGACGGGGACCGGCAGGCACACACCGGGACCCCCGGGGAGCGGCAGUCCCCCGGUUGCUCCCGCCCGCUGUGCCCGGGCCCCGCUGACCGCAUCGCUCUGCUCCGUCCAGGUCGGGGAUGGCCUGACCCUGCCCGGCUGGUCACCGAGGGGCUGCGACACCCUCCGGGACCCUCCGCCGGGCCCGGUAACCUGAGCGCAGCGCUGCCGGUUCGGUGCCUCGGGAGUGAGGAGGAAAAUCCGCAGCGAGGAGCUCCCGUCCCUGCGGUCUCCGGGCACCGGGAGCAGCCCCGGGGUCUGUUCUGAGUCCGAAAGUGGCACCGGGGCCGGCCCUGCGGUCCCCGCUUCCGCCGCAUAGAUCGGUCACACCGGACACCGGGAGGUCGAGCCGGGGAUAACGCGCGGGGGUAGCGGCGAUGGAGCCCCCGGCCGCUCCCCUCAUCCCGGGGGUGGGGGACGAGGUGACGCUGGUGGCCGGGGUGGCCGUGCUGACGCUGGCGCUGGUGCUGGCCUGGCUGUCCACGUACGUGGCCGAUGGCAGCAGCCAGGUCCUGGGCACCGGGGACGCGGCCGUCAUCCGCCUCGGGCCCCUCCCGCCGUACGCGGGGCCCGCGGGGGCGGCCGAGGCCCCGGAGCCCCCCGGGGCCCCCGAAAACGCGGAGGAGAAAACAGAGGAGGAAGAGGGGGCGGCGGCACGUGGGGACAGCGGGAGCCCCCCCGAUCCCGGCCUGGAGCAGCUGCUGGACGCCCGGAGCUUGGCCCAAGGCUCCGCUGAGCUCGGUACCCCCGGGACGGGGGACGCGUGCCCCGGCCUCAUCAAGAUCCGCCUGAAGUUCCUCAACGACACCGAGGAGGUGGCGGUGGCGCGGCCCGAGGACACCGUGGGGAUUCUCAAGAGCAAAUGCUUCCCGGGCCAGGAGAGCCAGAUGAAGCUCAUCUACCGCGGGCAGCUGCUGCAGGACCAGGCGAGGACGCUGCGCUCGCUCCGCAUCACCGACAACUGUGUCAUCCACUGCCACCGCUCCCGGGGGACCACCGCGGCCACCCCUGCCCUGCCCGACCCCGGCCCCGCCGGCCCCACGGCCCCCGGGCUGCCCCUGGGCGGGGGGACCCUCAUGGUGCCCACGGUCAUGGUGGUGCUGGCGCUGGGCUGGUAUUUCCGCAUCAACUACCGGCAGCUCUUCACGGCCCCGGCCACCGUGUCCCUGAUCGGUGUCACCGUCCUGGUCACCUUCCUGGCCUUCGGGGUGUACGGACAGGCGGGAUGAGGCAGCAAGGGGCUGGGGGGGGGGCACCUCGGUGUCCCUGUCCUCGGUGUCCCUGUCCUCGUGCUGUGACCGGAGCCACCAUGCACGUCCCAACCUUGCAGCCGGACUUUACCCCCAAAAAAGGGGCUGCACCCCUCUCCCCAAACUCCGUUUCCCAGCUCUGGGAGAGUGGGACAGCACUGGAACGGGCCGUGGCUUCUUCCCAAGCCUCAAAAAAGGACUUUUUAAAGCAAAUAAAAGGUGUCAAGUCA